UGCGCAGGAAUAUACUUAUGGACUUAUUGUGCACAGUGCUUAAUAUUCUUUUCUACUCAAGGCACAAGGCCCGGAAUUUGGGGGGGGGGCAGUCGAUUAGAUCGACCCAGUACGCAACUGGUACUUAAAUUAAUCGACCCCGAAAGGAUGAAAGGCAAAGUCGACCUCGGUGGAAUUUGAACUCAGAACGUAAAAACAGACGAAAUGCAAGACCAAUGUGGAUCGAACUUACAUCUAUUUUCUUCAUACCUCAGUAAAUAUUCAAAAUACUGCAUUAAGAAAAACUAAACAUAUCCCAGAUUGUCUGUCAUUAAAACAUGACAUCCUAGCUAAUUGUCUUUAGCAUGGCUUCAGGCAAACCCAAUUCCUGUGAGUGAAACUGGGUGGGUGGAAACUAUAUAGAAGCCUCUCAGAAGGACUGGAUCUGUAAUUCAAAAGACAAUUCCAUCACACUGAUUCUACCUGAGAAUCAUGUUAAUAGUAAUUUAAUUAGUCAGUCAAAUGAAUUACCAACUUAUUAAAUUAGUUAGCUUGGAAAGUGGCCGAGAAUUCCACUUCAGACUAUAAUUGAAUUCAAUGAGUGAGCCAUUCAUGUAACUGAACAACCUUCUUUCUGAAAUAAAUUUCACACCCCAGAUUUAAAAACAAAAAAAAAACAAUCUGGCUGUAGUAUAUUCAGUAUUUUGGUUUUUUAAGAAAAUGGAUUAUGUCGUAACAAAUGUUCAGAGUUCUUUACCUCUAAUCUUUGUUUUAUAUGAAAUAUACAACUUAUUCGGUCUUAUUUUUUCUUUAACUCUUUACUUCAACACACUUCAUCCAUACACACCUGCAUGUAAAUUUAUACACAGAGAAGAAAAACAUAUACAUUGUUGCGUAGCAUAAAAAUGCGCUUUAAAAAAAAAUUUUCGAAAUUUUGUACAUUAACUUUAUCUCUAUGCACAGAAUUUAGUCCAUGAACGAGCAGACAAUUUCUCUGUUCUAAUAUUUUUUUUUUUUUUCUAUAUCGCAAAACACAUAAACAUUGAUUCUCUUCUUUCACUAAACACUAAUUAUCUUCUGUGUUUUUUUUUUUACUUGACUAAAAUCUGUAGAAGGAACAAUUAUGUAUGUUCACCGGUAAGAGCAAUAACUCUCGCGUUAAUUACAUUAAAAUUGCAAACCGAACUCGAAAUGGUUACAACUGUAAACGAAGAUCUGUUAAAGCAACGUAAAACUUAUAUAACUGACUUAGAUGAAUAUUUAAAGGGAUGUGAAGAUGAUUUGGGUAAACUUUUUGAAAGGGUGCAAUGGACGCCUCAGCAUUUUUUUGAACAAGACUCAGAGAAAGUUCCGUGUUCAUACAAUGUUAACCACAGACUGCCGAGAAAUUCACUGGAGAAACAUGAACACUGCUGUAAGUGGUUACAACUUGGAUAUAAAUCUGAAGAACUUGCUAAUGUUCCUGAAUCAUCAAGUUUCUUUUACGAGAAAACUAAUAUUAUGACAAUCAAACUAGAAAAGAGUAACAUACAAUCAAUACUGAAGGAGUUUCAUCGAAAUAAUGGCACGAUGUCAGUAAAUUACGAAAGGGAAGUACCACAGACACUUGAAAUUCAACAGAGAGAUUACAGCGUAGAUGAGAGACGGGCAAUGUAUGACUAUGUCGUUCGAGUCGCUAAAGAAUUUCAGCGCAUGCAGUCCUUACCAGAAGAUACUCUUCUUACUACAGACUUCGAAACUCUUAUCAAGAAGGCUGCCAAAGGUAAAGAGCUUAAUGAACCUUCCUCCGAAACAGAGAAAUGGGCUGCGAUGCGCGACUAUAAACGCCGAAGGCAAUCGUACCGAGCUAAAAAUGUCCACAUUACGAAAAAAACUUAUACAGAGAUCAUACGAGAAGUUAUUCAUAAUCAGGUAGAAUUGCUACAGACGUUGUUGAAAGAUUCGUCUGAAGUCGAAUCUACUGAAGUUCAGUCAUCGAAAAGAAACGAUAGACAUUCUCAUUCCAGUAGUAGGCGGGAAGACGAUCGUGAAAGGUCAAGAAAAUCUAAAUCGGACAACAAAAAAAGUAGUCACGAAAAACAUGAAGCAAGGCAUAGAGAUGGUGAAAAGAGUUCAAGAGGAAGUUCUGAAUAUAAACACAGGGAUAAAAAUACAUCUGAUAUAAGAAAAGAAUCAAGGAAAAGUGAUAAAAAUGACUCUGAAAUCAGCUCUGCACCAAAGAAUGUAUCUUUGACAGAAAGUAAGUCUUCAAUAAAAGAUAUGCAAGAAGUGAGAGAAGACACGAGUCGUGGUUGCGAACAAACUAGAGAAACUACCGUAAUCAGUGAUCAUGUGUUACCCGAAAGUAGAUAUAGCUUAAAAAGACCACUCAGUGCAGAUGAUGAUACAGAGGACACAGAAGAUGCUGGCCUUAAGCACAAACAGAAACACAAAAAAUCAAAAAAACACAAGAAGCAUAAACAUAGAUCUGAAAAGCAUGAUAAAUAAUUUGUGUUCUUGUUUACAAAAUAUUUGUGUUAUUUUCUGAUUAAACAACUGGAAAUUUUACCUUUCUUA